GUAGUCAUGUGGCCUUUAAUUAACUGGUUCUCAAUAAGUGCUAACAUGUCUGCUAAAACGAAGUCUCAUCGAAGCAAGAAACACUGUCAACUGCAAUGUAUCUGUGUUGCAUGUCAGCGCAUAUUUAUUGUAUUCUUGUUUUUGCUGUUUUUUGAACCUAUAGUUUCAGAGAUGGUCAGUAUGAAAAUUGUGGAAGAACCAUCAAGUUAUGGCCUAAACAAUUACAAUUUUGCCAGUCACAGUACGGAGGACAAGAGAUUGAAAAUGAGAAUACAACCCAGUAAUUUUACAGGCCCUGCACACUUGAAAAGACUCUAUGGCAGAUGCUUCACUAAGGAGUUAAACGAGUACAAGUACGAGUUUUGCCCAUUCUUCAAUGUGACGCAGCACGAACAGUCGUACAGGUGGAAUCCAUUUAGUGGGGUGCUUGGAGUAUAUCAGGAAUGGGAGAUUGAAAAUAACACAUUUACUGCCAUGAAUAUGAGGGAAGGAGAAAAGUGUGGUAACAUCCACAGAACUGUCAAGGUGAUAUUCAGCUGUGGGGACAAGCAUGACAUAGUGAAUGUAACAGAGCCCUCUACAUGUAAUUACCACAUGGGAUUUACCUCCCCUUAUGUAUGUCACAGAGACUCAAUGCUGGUGUAUCCCACUCUGAGGGAGGAGCUACAAGAGGCCUGGGACCAGCUGGAAGGAGAGCUUUACAGGGAGGAAAUCACCCAAAAAGGAUAUGACAAACAAUUGAGGAACAUUUUUGAGAAAGCAGGGUUUUAUAUUCCACAAAAGGAGAAAAAACUUUUAGCAGAGAAGGCUGUUAAACAAGAGGAAGCAAUAGAAAAAGAAGAGAAGGGAGAGUUUGAUACCCUACCAAAAUGUACAGAGGAAUACAAAAAACUCAAGAAAGAAAUAGAAGGAUUGAGAUCACUCUUGGCACUUAAAGAUGACAAAGAUACAUCUAAUGUUUCAACGGAAAUGGCAAUAACAAAACAACAGAAGAAAAAAUCUAAGAACAGCAGAAGAAAGGAGAACUUUUUAAAAGCAUUAUCACCCAAGUCGAAAAAGACGUGAUAUUGUAUAGUGUGAAGGUUAUCAUGCAUUUAUAUAUUUACUUUGUUAUAAUGCAAUUCUCCAAUUGUUUCUAGUCUUAUAAUCAUAUACAAUGUAGCAUGCUAUGUCUGUGAUGUACAAGAACAUUCAUUGGCUUUGUGAUAAACAAAUGUAGGAUGUAUUUCUUUGUAAUAAAUAACAGAGUUAAUAUUACAGACUAGCUCAACAAAAGGACAUUUUUCAUCCAAUGUAUACUCUAGCUUGUAUUUGUAUGAUUUAACUGAGACAGAAAAUUGUUGCCCAUUCAGAUCUGUGCAAUAAAUGAUUGAAUGGAUUUCAUUUGCAUAAAAUUUAUGCAAUGUGAGUCUGCAUAAUUAAUUUUGAAAGCAUGCUAAGAGGCUGAUGCAUAUGAAAAAUAUAUGAAGCACCAUAUUCAGUUUACACUGCAUUGUAAUACUGUACAUGUACGUAUUUGCAAUCAUGAUUUUAUAUAUUGGGGUCCCACAUCAAAGAUGUUGGAGAUUUGAAUAGCCACAUACAAUUUUUUGUAUCGUUUCUUUCACAGUAUGCUUUGAUGAUUGUGAUGUUGUAGAUUAAAUUUUAAUGCAAUUUAA